AUGGCUACUCUUGAUGAUAACUGGCAGACAAAACGCUCAACUAUCACCGAAAGAACCAAAUUUAUUUUCAAUAACGAGUUAUUAAGCGAUGUGAAGUUCGUAGUUCCUGCUUCGCAUAACGAAAGUGAAAACCGGAAGAGUCAGAAGUGCAUUCCAGCUCACAAGUUUAUUCUUGCAAUCAGCAGUCCUGUUUUCUAUGUCAUGUUCUAUGGUGAAAUGGCGGAGACUGCAGACACUAUUCAGCUUCCUGACUGUGAUUAUGAGAGUCUCUUAGAGUUGUUUCGUUUUCUGUACAGCGAUGAAGUGAACUUGAGCGGAAGUAAUGUCAUGCAAGUUCUCUACUUAGCGAAGAAAUACCUGGUACCUUCACUCGCUGAUAAGUGCACUAAAUAUCUUCAGGAAAAUCUAGAGGCGUCGAAUGUGUUCUCCGUCCUGCCGCAAGCUCAGAAAUUUGAGGAUAAAGACUUGGAAGAACGGUGCUGGGAAGUUAUAGAGACGCAAACCGAGAAUGCUUUGACGUCGGAAGAAUUUGUAACGCUUGAGAGAUCUGUUGUUGAAUCUGUCGUGAAAAGGGAGAGAUUGAAUGUAAAGGAAGUGGAUUUAUUCAAGGCUGUUGAUCGCUGGGCCACCAAAGAAGUGGAAAGGCAAGGGCUGACCCCUGAUAGCGUGGUGAAAAGAAGGAUUCUUGGCGAGCAAACUGUGAAAGCAAUAAGGUUUCCAGUGAUGUCCCAAAAGCAGUUUGCUUCAGUUUUGGACUGUGACAUUCUGACUAAGGAGGAGAUUGUUCUAAUGAUGAAACACUACAGUGGUUUCGGUUUAGAGUCUUCUUUACCAUUCAUGAAUGCCAUUAGAGCUGGUCUUUUGCAUCGUGUUUACAGAUUUGAAAAGCCUGGCGAUACCUCGGAUUAUUCGGCCUGGUGCUACUCUGGUGAACCUGAUGCCAUUAAUCUAACUGUCAGUAGACCUGUCAUGUUACGUGGAGUGCAGCAUUUUGGUAGUGAAGGUGGCAAAUACACAGUUUCAUUAGAAGUCAAGACGAACGAUAAGGCAAUUGGUGGUUCUCUGGUAAAACAAACAGGCAUGUAUUCCUCCGAGAAAGAUGAGACAAAUGGUUACUAUGGAUUUGAUGUCAUGUUUGAUCACUCAGUUUCCCUUGAAAGGGGCAAAACAUAUGAGAUUGUAUCACUUAUCGAGGGCCCGUCAUCGUGGCGCGUGAUACGCGGAAAAUGCACGGAUGAAGUUGAAGGAAUCCAGUUUUCAUUUAGCAAAUCAUCUGCUUCUAGUAAUGGAACUCAUGAAGGCAGUGGUCAGUUCCCUGCAUUUAUUUUCAGCACAAAGUAGUUUAAUUUAUUCUUAACUGACGAUACUGAUAACUGUGGUAGUCUGAAGAUUCUUUUUUAUUCUGGGAAUAAACUAAUUAAUUAAUCUAGAGUCUUUUUAGGAGUAACGAAUCAUAUUCCCUACCACCUGUUGUUAGGGUUAGGCUGAAUAUUGUUGACACACUGUUAGCUGCACUGGAAUGAUGAAUGAGUUUGAAAAGGAAAACGAAUAUAUAGCUAGUUCGCACGUUAUAUAUUAGUUCUUGGCUAUCAAGUGACUACGGAAUUAUUCUACGUUUGAUUACCACACAUCCAAGUUAAAGUAGCGAAGAAAUCGGAAAUUAAUCAUGCCCAGAAAAACUGAAUAGAGAAAUUUAAUGGCACUUACUCCGUUACUCAAUUUUAACUCCUUGGUUUUACAAAGAUAAGCGCAGUUUUUUUAUUCAGUAAGUUGAAGUUUAUUGACAAAGUGAGAUAAAAUGCGGAAACCGAUUUAAGUCAUUGUCAUUUGCACGCAUUGGAAUUUUUCAGUGACAGAAACUUCAUAUAAGUAACUACAAACUCAUGAUUGAAACAAGUCAGGAAGAUAUCAUCAAACUCCCUACAACAAUAGAUUCUGCCGUGUUUGUCAGGCUCUGAUAUAACUGAAGACAAAGUUCAUUUUCUCUUGCACUGUCCAAAGUAUUCAAUCACAAGGAAAAAAUUCUAUAAUCAAAUCCAACCUAACUUUGUCAAAUUGAAUCAGCUAUCUUGCACAGAACUAAUAAUUAAACUGAUGAAUUCACAGAAUUUUUCUGUAGAUUCACAUUUGUUAAAAUUUAUCUCAUUAUGUAACUAUUUAUGUAAUAAUUUGUUAUCAAAUCAUACUGAUGACACUUGAUUGACCAUUGUAAUCAUUGUUUUUUUUAAUUGGUUUAUUAAUAGUAUUAAUUGUAACUUUAUUUUAAAGCUUUUGCAAUACUAUAACUUCAUCUAGUCAUGCAAAUAAAGCUUAUGUUGUUGUUGAUGUGAGUUAUUAGACUUUGAGAGGGAGAGAUUUUAUGGAAGGAGGUAAUUUGUCAUUGGCCGGACGGUGUCCCGUAAUUCGCCAUGCUGACCAUGUAUACCCCUGGCGUUAAAAUAGCAUUUAUGGCAUUUACGGUAUAUAUUAUCAAUUAAAGUUUUUCUUUACCUCACUUUGCAACUGCCUAGACAUAAAAUAUUGAGUCCAAAAACCGUCACUUAUAACACACAGUCACCAGGCUCGUUGUCACGCAUUUUUACCCGGAGGUGCGAUUUAACGAUGAGACGGAACAAACGAGGCCGAAGGCCGAAGUCUCUAGAAAGGCGAGAGGGGGAAUUAUAUAUGUUGUCCCGAGACUUCACCUGGAGCGUUUCGAUGAUAAGAAUUGAAAACAGGCAGCCAAAAGCGAAACGUGGAUAUUUCGCAAAAUUUUUGAACUUCAAAGUUGCUUUUUAUACCAAAGAGACUACUUAUGUACGUAUUUUUUUUUAAUUUGAGCAUGACAAUCGCAAUGACACUAUUCAAAAAGAAGAAAUAGAAAAAAAAAUUGUGAAUCUGAUCAUUCACUAGGUUUGCUGCUGCUAUGAUCUUUCCGCGCAGUAGUAGUGUGCCAAGUUGGGGGCUUCUCAGCAAACGUAUCAACGACUUCUUCCAGAUCAAUAUCUGUUGGGUGGUACAUGCGAGUUGUGUUUCUCUAGAGAAAUACGACUUGCAUGAAACUAGAGAAAUCUGAUGUUAUGUGAGCAAGCUGAUGGGCCACGCCCGCUAUUAACGCCCGCUAUGGCGUCUGCUUCCCGCCCCCAAUGCCCGCCGCGGCCAUAGCUUCCCCGCAGGACGACCUUUGGGGUUCGUUUGUCACGCAUUCAUUUCUGCGAACGCCAAAGGACGUCUGCGGGGAGGCUAGCCGCGGCCACAUACUGCUUUUCCAUUUUCCUCACCUCCGUCUAAAAAUGUGUGCGACAAGGUGCAUAGCAUUUUGGCACGUUCCUCUCGAUUGUGCUCGUUCGAGUUUUGAUGAGAGUUAGUUUAAUUGAUAUACAUUUAUUAGCCAAAAAGCAUUUUUAAAGGUGGCAGAGUUCCAGUAAUCUCCAAUUUUUAGUUUUACCUUCAAAAUUUUUAAAUGAAGAACGGCUAGGUUCUGAUAAUUUUCUGCAGCCGGAAAAUAUUCAUUGAUGGCACUUUCAGUUUCUUUUUUAGACGUAGACAAAAUCUUGCGGCGUCUUCGAUCUCUUCUUGUCUCUUCAGCCCAUUUUCUCGGGAACUAUGUUAAAAACUGUUCAACUGUCGCAAAAUUGAAAACGAUUCUGCAAUUACUUUUUGCAAGCAGAUUAUCGCUAAUUCACUUUUUUUACAUCGUUGGUCAACAAAAAAGUGGACCUCCGGAGCCUGUGGGCGGGGGGUGCGUGCCCACCCGUCGCCGACCCCCCUCCUCCCUUCGGGCCUGUCAGUCACUAGCCAUUGAAAACUUUAAAAGGAAUCUUUACCGAUAUUUUCAUGAGACAAAAAACGGCCCUGAGGAAGACUAUUGGACCUGUUUAGAAUGUUAGCCUCGUUAAAGUUGUCGUUUACCAUUGGACCUAUUGGUAUUAAUUAGAAUGCUAGCCUCGCUUAAGCUGUGGUUUUCUUUAGGUGCCAGUCGUGUACUAGAUUUGGCCGCAUCUGAAAACUUUCAAACCGUGACUCAUACCUCGUCUCGGCGUGUUGGUUGUGCCAUAAAUUUCAACAACUUAAUGUAAGCCUGCAAUCGGUUUAACGAAUCUCCAAGCAAGAGGAAUUUUUAUGUUAGUGAGUAGACUACACUGAGGCUACACUGAACAGAAUUUCGUACCGACACCUAUCCCGAUCUUUGAAUCUCCAUUUUAGAGAUCGGUGUGGCUCAUCAGCCUUGCUCCGUUACAGAAAUUGCGCCGAAAUCACUGUUCCCAAGUGUCAACAGAAGUCCUAUCCGGUAUGGUUUUUGUGCUGGCGCAAAAGGAUGUAGUUAUGAACUUAGCUAAGUCAACUUUGCCGGCUGAGACUAGAGAUCUUCGGAAUAUUUGCGCGAACCUCACGGAUGGCCAGACACAUUUUGAUUCAAGCGACUAGCUGCAGGUUGUACCGGCGGCUUAACUCUCAGAAUUUAUAUAUUCAGAAAAGUUUUGUACUGCUACGUCUUUGGAUGUCUGGGAGACACUGCCGUUUCAUUUAAAUUUUCUUGAUCGAUAUAUAACAAGUAAAAACAAAGCCAGCUGUGACCUUUAGCAAUUUUUAUCUAACCCCCUCUGAUUACUGCAGUGGAUUGGUCUGCCGUAAACUACGAGCAAUUCUUUUAUUUUCUUCACCAUUAGACUGGGUGGCAAGCGUAAAAGGUAACCAGAAUUUAUUAUCUUAAUUCUUGUCAGGUUGCUGCCCUCGUUUCUCACGUGAUACGCAAAAAUAAGGGAAUUUUAGGAUCCUAGAUUGUGUUUUCUUUUAUGGGUAUGCGCCUGAACAGCUUUGGCGUGACUUAAUAGCCUCAACAUUAGUCUGGACUUCAUACAUCACACUAAAAGCUCUUAAAAUCCUCCUGAUUCACCCACUCGCAUUUGCAUGAAACGGUCAGUCUGAGGGACAAAAACACCUUGCUGGAUGGCAAACGACUCAUUAGGACAAGAAAAACAAAGAGAUUACAUUAGAGCGAAACCCCGCCUUACGGCCAUCUAGGUAGGCGGUCACCCGUUAAUACGGCCAAUUUUUUUAUGACCCAUUGGUGACCGUAUAAUCCAAAUAGCCAUUAUCUUUUCUUUUUAAGGGUUCCACUGGGUUGUAUGUCCUGUAGUCUGCUAAACAGCCGUUUUUAGUGUCGUCACGUGACGCUCCUCCCUUUGUGUGGAGGAGCGUUGCGUGACGACACUAAAAACGGCUGUGUAGCAGACUAUAUGCCCUCCAGCAAGGUUUUUUUCUACCAUGUGACCGUUUCGUGCAAACGGCCCACUAACGUGAUUGGUUGAAGAUUGCGAAAAUGCUCAUGCGUGCACGGGAUGAGUAAAACUUGGACACAAGUAUUUGGCAAAUUUACAGUCUAGUCUUUUGCUAAUAAGAAUGUUAGGUGACAACCCUUUAGCUGAUAAAGAUGCAACUUUUAAUCUUCAGUGAUGAGCAAAGGUAUCAAAGGUUAUAAUGGGCUUCGGCUUCCAAUAAAAAAAAUGUGGUAAAAAUUUCUAAUAUUUAUCCGAGAAGGUAUUGUUUUCCUGAGUAGAAAUUAAAGGGACUUUCUUGAAGAAUUUAGAAUAUGGUAAGUCAACGAAGUACUCGAGGCGAGGAAAGCUUUUAAGACAGCGUUUGUUUGUCAGUCCACCAGUCCAACCGAACCUGGGGUCAAUUCUAUAAAACUUCGGCAAGUGUAAUUUACAAGUGUAAAUAUUGUUUUGAGACCCUAAAACAAUGGCUACACUUGUAAAUUACAGUUGUAAAAGUUUUAUUAAAUUGACCCCUGAGCAUUUGUAAAACUUUUACAAGUGUAAUAUUCAAGUGUUUUUAGAGCCUGGAAACAAAAGCUACCCUUGCAAAUUACUUGUAAAACUGUUAUUAAGUUGACCCCAGGCAUAGCCUGCGUGGCAGGGGCAAAAACGGGAGGGGAAGGGGAUAUUGAUAGAAGCGCGAAAGCUAAAACACACACUCAAACGAAGAAUGGGAUACCUGUGGCAAACCCCCGAGAGCCAUGGGCACUAGAAAGCGAUAACCUUAACCUUAACCUGGGGACGAGGUCUGAUCGAAAUCGAAGGUCAGAUUGAAGGUUUUUUGAAGGUGCAAUGGUUUCUUUACGCUCAUUUGAUGAUAACUGGCAGACUAAGCGCCCAAAUAUCAGCGAGAGAACCAAAUUUAUUUUCAAUAACGAAUUAUUAAGUGAUGUGAAGUUUGUAGUUCCUGCGUCGCACAACCAAAGUGAAAGCCAGAAGAGUCGGAAAUGCAUGAUUCCAGCUCACAAGUUUGUACUUGCAAUCAGCAGUCCUGUUUUCUAUGCCAUGUUCUACGGUGAAAUGGCAGAGACUGCAGACACUAUUCAACUGCCUGACUGUGAGUAUAAGAGUCUUUUAGAGUUGUUUCGUUUUCUGUACAGCGAUGAAGUGAACUUGAGCGGAAGUUAUGUCAUGCAAGUUCUCUACUUGGCAAAGAAAUAUCUGGUACCUUCACUCGCUGAUAAGUGCACUGAAUAUAUUCGGGAACAUCUAGAUGCGUCGAAUGUGUUUUCCGUUCUGCCUCAAGCUCUAAAAUUUGAGGACAAAGCUUUGGAAAAACGGUGCUGGGAAAUUAUUGAGAUUCACACCGAGAAUGCUCUGACGUCGGAAGAAUUUGUCACGCUUGAGAGAUCUGUUGUUCAGUCUGUUGUGAAAAGAGGGAGAUUAAAUGUAAAAGAAGUGGAUUUAUUCAAAGCUGUUGAUCGCUGGGCCACCAAAGAAGUUGAAAGACAAGGGGUGACUCCUGUUGGCAAGGUUAAAAGAAGGCUUCUUGGAGAGGAAAUUGUAAAAGCAAUAAGGUUUCCAGUGAUGUCACAGAAGGAGUUUGCUUCAUUUGUUCUGGAUUGUGACAUUCUGACUAAAAAGGAGAUUGGUUUCAUGAUGAAACACUUUGGUAAUGUUAGUUUAGAGUCUUCUUUACCGUUCAUAUCUUCCCCUAGAUUAGGGAUUCUGCAUCGAUCUAACAGAUUUGCAAUGUUGAAACCCCCAGAGGCACAUGGUGGUCCCUGGCAGUACUCUGAUAGUGUAGCUGACGCCCUUCAGCUAACUGUUAGUAAACCUGUCACUUUGCAUGGUAUACAGCAUUUUGGUUGUAAAGGUGGCAAAUAUACGGUUUCAUUAGAAGUGAAAGAUGUGAGAAGUGGUUGUUCUCUGGUAAAACAAACAGGAACAUAUUCCUCCAAGAAAGAUGAGAAAAAUGGUUACUAUGGAUUCGAUGUCAUGUUUGAUCAUCCUGUUUCCCUUGAGAGGGGCAAAGCGUAUGAGAUUGUAUCUCUCAUCAAGGGUUCAUCAUCGUGGCGUGUGGCUCAAGGAAAAAUUCUUGACAAGGUUCAAGGAAUCCAGUUUUCAUUUAGCACUUCAGCUGCCUCUAAAAAUGGAACUAGUGUAAAUGUUGGCCAGUUUCCUUCAUUUAUUUUCAGCAAAAUUUAG